GACACUGACUGACAGCCUAACAACUGUUGCACCGUGGAGCCUGGAGUAUUUCUCAACUCCUCCUGCUAAUGUCACAGUAAAAAAAUGCUGUUCAGCCCGACGGGUGUGUCCGAGUGUUUGCGAGAAUGGGGCGAUUUAGAGAAGGACCACCAACAGAUUCAGGACACCCACCGUCUAUACAAACAGAAACUUGAGGAAGUCACCAAGCUGCAGAACAGCUGCUCCGGUGCAAUCGCGCGUCAGAGGAAGAGGCUGAAAGAGCUCACUGUGUCACUACAAGAAUGCAAAGAAAACCUUCCAACACACAAACUGGGUCCAGAGGAGGUGGACGCUAUCGCUGAAAUCGAGAACUCCAUCAAAGACAGAACGGACACGUUCUUUGAGAUGGAAGCUUUUCUGCCAAAGAAAAACGGGUUGUACCUCACUCUAGUUUUAGGAAACGUCAACGUCACACUCCUCAACAAACAGUCCAAAUUUGCCUACAAAGACGAAUACGAGAAGUUUAAGCUGAUCCUCACCGUCAUCCUCUUCGUGUUCUCCUUCACGUGUCGCUUUCUGUUCAGCUACAGAGCCCUGGAUGCUCUCUUCAACUUCCUGUUGGUGUGGUACUACUGCACACUCACCAUCAGGGAGAGUAUCCUCAUCAGCAACGGCUCAAGGAUCAAAGGUUGGUGGGUUUUCCAUCACUACGUGUCGACCUUCCUCUCUGGAGUCAUGCUGACGUGGCCUGAGGGAACGCUCUACCAGAUGUUCAGGAACCAGUUUCUAACCUACUGCAUGUACCAAAUAGGCUUUGUUCAGUUCCUCCAGUACUACUACCAGAGUGGCUGUUUGUACCGACUCAGGGCGCUGGGAGAAAGACAUAACAUGGACCUGACCGUCGAGGGUUUCCAGUCGUGGAUGUGGAGAGGCUUGACCUUCCUCCUCCCGUUCUUGUUCUUCGGUCACUUCUGGCAGCUCUACAACAGCAUCACGCUCUUCAAGAUGUUCCAGCUCCCAGAGUGUAAAGAGUGGCAGGUUGUGAUGUGCGGCUGCUCGUACCUGGUGCUCUUCACAGGAAAUUUCUUCACCACGCUGGCAGUGGUUUACCAGAAAUACAUGAACAACCAGGACAAGUCCAAGAGCAUAUAAGAGAGGAACCAAGAAUCACCAUAAACAAUCUCCCAGCCUGUGUGAGGAACUUUAAUGUUCCCUGUAGAGCGCUGUGAUCGAUGCCUGUGGUCCAUUUACACGCACCGCUACUUUUAUCUGAAUCCUUUUCAUUUCAUGUUCAUGUGGCCUCAAGACUCAAUCAACCAGAGACUGUGUUGGCCUAAGUUACACUGUGAGGUUGUUUCGGUAGCUUCUUUUUUUAUGUUUUUUUAGGAAGCGUUACUGAUUAUACAUAGACUAUUAUAUUUAUUUAGGAAAACCUUUGUUACGCGGGAGCUGUUACGUAUGUAUGAUAUAUUUUAGCCUCACAGAAAAUGCUCUGCUGAAAUAAACACUCCUCCAUA